CUUAUUUUAUCAAUGGCAAAUAGGAAAAAUGGAGGUGGGAGGGCAACCGAGCUGGAGGAGAGAAUCUUCCACAUAACUUCCGAUCAUCUUCCUCAGACGUGAUUUCAACCAAACACGCGCGCGCGUAUUUUGCGCACGGGCAGGCAUAUCCCUAUACCUACAAACACCCUUUUGACUCUCUCUCUCUAUCUGUUUAUUCUUUGGUAAUUUUCUUACGUAAUCUUUAGAUCCGUUUUUUCUCUUAGCUCAUUCGUUAUCUAGUUCUCUCUCUUCCCCCAAGACAACCCUUUUCUCUUUCGCUCCAAUUCUUCCUUUUUUUAAUGCCCAUCUGCAUAUAUGAUCUAUGAUUGAAGCAUUGCACAGAUUGAUGCUAACAAGAAUCACACACGGUAAAAUCACUCGAUCGAAAUCGAGCCCGGAAUAGAAAGAUAAAGGGGUUGAGCCGUUUCAUGGGCAACACAUGCCGUGGGUCAAUCGGAGGCAAACCUUUUCCGGGCUACACUCAGCCCGAAGACCAACCCAAUAACACCAAGCCCAAAUCAUCCUCAACCCGCUCCAACUCCUCUGACAGCCAUUCCCAUACGAGCCUUCUCCCUCAAGAAUUCUCCAAGAACAGCACAAAAGAUUCAAAUUUUCCGCUUCCCGUCAGCCCAAGAAAAGAUAGCACCAUGAGCCGAGGCUCUACCAACCAAGCUUACUUCGUGCUCGGCCACAAAACCGCUAACAUCCGUGACCUUUAUGUCCUCGGCCACAAAUUAGGCCAAGGCCAAUUCGGGACGACUUAUUUAUGCACCGAGAUCUCAACUGGCAUCGAGUAUGCCUGUAAGUCGAUAUCAAAGAGAAAGUUGAUCUCAAAAGAGGAUGUUGAAGAUGUUCGAAGGGAGAUUCAGAUAAUGCAUCAUCUUGCUGGGCAUAAGAAUAUAGUCACCAUUAAAGGGGCUUAUGAGGAUCCACUGUAUGUCCAUAUUGUGAUGGAGUUAUGUGCUGGCGGUGAAUUGUUUGACCGUAUAAUUCAAAGGGGGCAUUACAGUGAACAGAAGGCAGCCGAGCUGACUAAGAUAAUUGUUGGGGUUGUUGAGGCAUGCCACUCGCUCGGGGUCAUGCACAGAGACCUUAAACCGGAAAAUUUCUUGUUGGUUAAUAAGGAUGAUGAUUUUUCUCUCAAAGCUAUUGAUUUCGGACUGUCUGUUUUCUUUAAGCCAGGUCAGAUUUUCAAGGAUGUGGUGGGGAGCCCAUAUUACGUGGCGCCUGAGGUUCUUUUGAAGCAUUAUGGCCCAGAAGCGGACGUUUGGACAGCAGGGGUUAUAGUAUAUAUACUGCUUAGUGGUGUACCUCCUUUUUGGGCUGAAACUCAGCAGGGAAUAUUUGAUGCUGUAUUGAAAGGACAUAUUGAUUUCGAUUCUGAUCCUUGGCCACUAAUAUCAGAGAGUGCUAAGGAUCUUAUCAGAAAGAUGCUAUGCAUGCAGCCAUCAGAGCGGUUGACUGCUCAUCAAGUAUUAUGUCAUCCUUGGAUAUCUGAAAAUGGUGUUGCGCCUGACCGAGCCCUGGAUCCAGCUGUCCUUUCUCGUCUCAAACAGUUUUCUGCAAUGAAUAAGUUGAAGAAAAUGGCAUUACGGGUUAUAGCUGAAAGUUUGUCAGAAGAGGAGAUUGCAGGCUUAAGAGAGAUGUUUACAACCAUGGACACUGAUAACAGUGGAGCAAUCACAUUUGAUGAACUGAAAGCUGGUUUAAGAAAAUAUGGAUCCACUUUAAAAGAUACCGAAAUACGUGAUCUUAUGGAUGCGGCUGAUGUAGAUAACAGUGGGACCAUUGACUAUGGAGAAUUUAUAGCAGCCACAAUUCAUUUAAAUAAACUGGAACGCGAGGAACAUCUUUGGGCUGCAUUCCAGUACUUUGACAAAGAUGGAAGCGGUUAUAUUACAGUCGAUGAACUUCAGCAAGCCUGUGUAGAACACGGUAUGACAGAUGUUCCUCUUGAAGAUAUUAUCAAAGAAGUUGACCAAGAUAAUGAUGGCAGGAUUGAUUAUGGGGAAUUUGUUGCUAUGAUGACAAAAGGCAAUGCUGGUGUUGGGAGGCGAACGAUGAGAAACAGCUUAAAUAUAAGCAUGAGGGAUGGUUCAGGAGCUCUUUAGAUUCUACUUCAACUCGUCACUCGUCACAGGUCUCCAUUGAAGAUGGGACACUCCUUUCUGAUCUUUAUCCAUCAACACUCGUGUACAGAAAAGUCUGUAGGAGGCUAUGUGAUGCUUCUUUCUGGAGUACAUAUUUUUUAGAAAAAAAAAAAUGACUAUUCAAACGAGAUAAACUAAAACCGAGUUCUUGUAGUUGUAUUUGCUUGUGUAACUAGUGAGAUUGUAAAACAUGUUUGUGAUUGUGUAUUGCUGGAUGAAAGAAUGGUGUUUUUUCUUUAAACUUUUGUUAAUUUCCACUUCAUGAUUCUUGUACUCUGCUUUGCAAUGCUAUUAUUUUGUGAUUAGUUUGUUCUUUCGAAAUAAGUUUUUACUUCAGAGUGGAAAGACACGUAUUGAAUAUGAUUCUACUUGCAAAAGACUUUUUUUUUUUUUUUUUUUUCUUUAGAAUUGGGCACAAUGAGUACGGUUCAUGCACAAGGGCACACCGUACCUAGCAGCAGCUAAAAUCUCAUUUGAGACGAUAAAAAACUGCACUACUUCACAGUUGCAGUUUCAACUGCUAAUGCAAUUUCCU